AUGGAGAACAUGAUGCAGGGCAAUAAGAUCAGACGAGUUGCAGCUACUCGCAUGAAUGAGAGGUCAUCUCGAUCACACACGAUUUUCCGGAUUAUUCUGGAGUCGAAAGAUGCCAAUCAGAAAGAUGGACCUGUACAUAUAAGCUACCUUAACUUAAUGGACUUAGCUGGUUCUGAGAGAGUUUCUCUGACGAAAGCUGCUGGUGAGCGUCUUAAAGAGGGGGCUAACAUAAACAAAUCUUUGUCAGUAUUAGGAAAUGUGAUAAGGCAACUAAGCGAGGGGAAGGAGUUUAUCAGUUAUCGCGAUUCGAAAUUGACUAGACUGCUCUCACAGGCUCUUGGCGGUAAUGCCAAAUCAUUGAUUAUCGGGAAUCAGGAAUGUACAAAUUCAGAUGUAUAUGGAUCUGUAGUAAAACCUUUAGUCGAUUCCUUCAUGGAAGGUUUCAAUGCCACAAUAUUUGCAUAUGGCCAAACAUCUUCUGGCAAAACACACACCAUUUUGGGCAAUAAAACAGAUCCUGGGCUUUUCCAAUUAGUAUCCAAUCAGUUAUUCCAGCAUGUGGCAGACCAGGUUGAUAAGAGGUACUUGAUUAGAUGCAGUUAUAUUGAAAUCUACAAUGAAAAGAUCAAUGACCUCCUGGAUAAGAGCAAUCAGGGUUUAACUAUAAGAGAAGAUAUCAAAGGAAAUGUGCUGCUUGAUGCAAGGGAAGCUGUCGUAGACAAUGUUGAUAAAGUUAUGGAGAACAUGAUGCAGGGCAAUAAGAUCAGACGAGUUGCAGCUACUCGCAUGAAUGAGAGGUCAUCUCGAUCACACACGAUUUUCCGGAUUAUUCUGGAGUCGAAAGAUGCCAAUCAGAAAGAUGGACCUGUACAUAUAAGCUACCUUAACUUAAUGGACUUAGCUGGUUCUGAGAGAGUUUCUCUGACGAAAGCUGCUGGUGAGCGUCUUAAAGAGGGGGCUAACAUAAACAAAUCUUUGUCAGUAUUAGGAAAUGUGAUAAGGCAACUAAGCGAGGGGAAGGAGUUUAUCAGUUAUCGCGAUUCGAAAUUGACUAGACUGCUCUCACAGGCUCUUGGCGGUAAUGCCAAAUCAUUGAUUAUCGGAAUGUUACUUUAG